AUGUCGAUUGUGGCUCUGGCCGAGAGCGGACAAUCGAGUGUCACCGUCAAUGUCCUCCACGAUGUGGCAGCGAGAAACAACAUUCGGAUUGCGUCCAAGUCAGACGAAGAUGCCUACCUACUCGUUCUGCAAUCGGCGGAUGUGACCACUGGCAGCGUUUUUAGUCUUCCUGACUACAUCGAUCCCCGCCUGGCCGCGGUUCCCACAGGCGGAGGAAGAGAGUACUGGAAAUCCAAGAGUAACAGUCAUAAUGCAUGGAGUCAUCAAGCGCACCUGGUUGCCGAGAAGCCUGUGUCUGAUACACUCAAAGGCCGAAAAAUCGUUAUGAAGGAUAACAUGUCCGUGGCUGGACUGCCGUACACAUGCGGAACGUUCCCUCAGCUUGUGUCCAAAGAUGGGAAAUAUCCUCUUGCAACCAUUGAUGCAUCCAUCACCAGACGUCUUUUGGAAGCCGGGGCCACAAUCGUCGGCACUUCGACCUGCGAGAAUUACUCCUUGACACCAAUGUCAUACACAUCCGCGAACGGACCGGUACAUAAUCCAUGGCUGCGCGACCACAACACUGGAGGAAGUACGAGCGGUGGUGCCUGUCUUGUGGGUUUGGGCAAUGCUCGUGCGGCUGGUGUCCCUGGUCUCGAAGCAGCAGGUGAUGAUGUUGAGUUAGCUAUGGGGGGCGACCAGGCUGGGAGCAUUCGCCUACCCUCCUCAUAUUGCGGGAUAUACGGCCUGAAGCCAACUCAUGGACUCGUUCCAUAUACUGGCAUUGCGGGACUGCAUCCAAUGAUUGACUAUGCCGGGCCGAUGGCACGCAAGCUAGGAGAUAUUGCAGCGCUGCUGAGUAUUGUUGCAGGCUAUGACGGACUUGAUCCACGGAUGAGUCCUGAGUCGCCAUUGAGGCAGAAUGUGGUUGACUAUGCAGGUGAACUGUCUUCAGCAAGCAAUCCUGGCAAGGGCUUGAAAGUCGGCAUCAUAAAGGAAUCUUUUACCUCGCCGGGAACUCAGGCAGAGGUUGCAGAAGUUGUCAAGGCUGCUGCUGUGAAGCACUUCGAAGCCAGUGGAGCAACCGUGUCCGAGGUGUCAAUACCAAUGCACCUUCUUGGUCCCGCGAUCUGGACUGCAGCAACUCGUCCCCAUAUGGCUAGCCAUGCUGUGGGCGGCCGGACUCCUGACAUACUCAACCACAACAUGCCACACCUGGCACUCAGAUGGCCACCGGACCAGGAAAUGUAUAACUUACUGAACGUUGCCAACCCUGCGGUCGUCAAUGUCAUAUUCUCGGAGACAUUUUUGGAGGAUAAGUAUGGGCCUGAGGUACAAGCCAAAGCACAUCGCCACGUCUUUGAACUCAGGGCUGCUUACGACAAGGCCCUUGAAGACUUUGAUAUUCUCAUCACGCCUACUACACCGAGUGUCGCUCCACCACAUCCAGAUUUGCGGCCCGAAGCUGAGGGUGGAAGCACAGUCAUGGACAAGAUCAAAUUAUCUGUUGGUGCAACAAGUCAUACAGCGCCAUUCAAUGCUUCGGGCCAUCCAGCCCUGACCGUUCCUUGUGGGUGGGCAAAGUCACUGACUGGGGAAGGCGUGCUGCCUGUUGGGAUGCAAAUCAUUGCCAGGAGAUGGGAGGACCUUACAGUCUUGAAGGCUGCGAAAGCAUUUGAGCAGGGUGGAGGUAAACUGGGUCCUUGGCCUGGUGCAAAUAACGCUUAA